UAUCGCCAAUCGAGGAGCUUCACUGAAUUGAUGGCUCGUCGACUGUUUCUCCUCCUCCUCGCCGUCACGGCGGAGUUGAGUCUGACGAGAUUCACCGCCGGAGCGGUCGGCGUGAACUGGGGUACAGAUGCCUCGCACCCUCUUCCGCCUUCCAAGGUUGUAGAGCUUUUGAAAUCCAACGGCAUUGCCAAAGUGAAGCUCUUCGAUGCCGACCCAAAAGUUCUCGGAGCACUCUCUGGUUCCAAUAUUGGUGUCACUGUUGGAAUCCCUAAUUCCAUGAUCAAGAGCUUGAAUGCGUCCAGAAAAGCAGCAGAGAGCUGGGUCCAUGACAAUGUCACUCGUUACUUCGACGGCGGAAACAGAGUUCGAAUCGAGUACGUAGCAGUUGGAGAUGAGCCAUUUCUACAGAGCUAUGGCAAUCAGUAUAGGCCUUUUGUCAUUGGAGCAGCUAUGAACAUCCAAAAUGCUUUAGCUAAAGCGAGCUUGGCAAGUGAAGUGAAGGUCGUAGUUCCCUCCAGCUUUGACUCCUUUAUUUCUGAAUCUGGUCGACCUUCUUCAGGACACUUCAGGGCUGACCUCAACAAGACAAUGAUCGAACUCCUCUCCUUUCUUACAAAGCACCACUCUCCCUUCUUUGUGACACUCUCUCCUUUUCUAAGCUUUCACCAGAACAAGAACUUUUCUCUCGACUUUAGCCUCUUCAAAGAAAGUGCACAAGCUCACAAAGACGGUCGUAAAAACUACAGAAACAGCUUUGAUCUGAGCUACGACACACUUGUCUCUGCAUUGUCCAGUAUUGGGUUCCCAGGGAUGGAUAUCGUCGUGUCAAAGAUUGGUUGGCCUACUGAUGGAGCAGCCAAUGCCACGUCACCAACUUCCGAGGCGUUCUUGAAAGGACUGAUGGGUCAUCUGGAGAAAAAGACGGGCUCUAUGCUGCGCCCUCCAGUUGAAACCUACAUUGAAAGCCUCUUGGACGAGGAUCAGAGGAGCGUGUCUUUUGGGAACUUUGAGAGGCAUUGGGGAGUGUUCACAUUCGAUGGUCAGGCCAAAUACAGUUUCAGUUUCAACCAUAACUCAAAGAAACUGGUUAACGCGCAGAACGUUCAGUACCUUUCUCCCAAGUGGUGUGUCGUGAACAAUAACAUGGACUUGUCAAACGCGUCGGCAAAAGCGUUAGAGGCAUGUUCUGUUGCUGACUGCACAUCAGUACUUCCCGGUGGGUCGUGUUCAGGUAUCAGAUGGCCAGGCAAUGUGUCGUAUGCGUUCAAUAGCUUGUAUCAGCAAAACGAUCACAGAGCAGAUAGCUGUGACUUUGGUGGGCUUGGUUUGAUCACAACCGUUGAUCCUUCUGAGGAUAAUUGCAGGUUCUGGAUUCAACUUGACACUUCUCAUUCAUCUUCUCACAUUCCUAUUUUCUUUCAGUGUUGGUCUCUCCUUCUAUUCUUUCUACUGUCUGGACUCAGUUAAAACAGGUUUUGAUGUACUAAUGAAACUCUCCAAAUUUUCUCAACCUAACAAAUAGCCUCA